AUGUCUUCUCCCGACCUCGAUGCCGUCGAACAAGCCCUCGGAGCCCUCACCAUUAACACCUCCGACUCAACCGCCAUCGCCACACUAGCACAAGCAAGCAAAGAACACCCAGCAGUCCGCACCCGCCUAGCCUCUCCAGAAGCCAUAAAAUCCCUCGUCGAAACCAUAGAAAGCAGUCUCACCAUCUCCCCCUCCACAGUCCAAGCCGCUCUCCGCUGCCUCGGAAACGCCUGCAUCGACAACAACGAUGCCAGAGGCGUCAUCACUGGUCUAGGCUUCACCUCCAUAUCCCAAUGCCUCGCAACAGGCAAUGAUCAAACCCAACUCCUAGCUACCAAAGUGCUGUACAACAUCUGCAACGACUACGAGCCCGCGCAGCAACAAGUCUACAAAGAGAAACUCGAUGCAGAACUAGUACGGUACUGCAGUUCGAAAUUCGCCCUCGAGGAGUCUGAGCACAAUGCUUGCGCUAUCGAUGUGCUGUUCUGGGCUACGGGCCAUAAGGCCACUGUGGAGCCGACGUUGGGGGAACCAUUACCGGCGGAUUUGCUGGUUAGGAUUUUGUUACUGCCGCAGCUCUACGGGAAGGAUCCGCAGCUCUACGGGAAGGAUCCGAAGGGUUUAGAUGUGGAGAAGUUUGGCUCGGUUGCUAAUGUCACUUUGGUGUUUCUGCAAGACACUACUGUGCAGAAGCAACUUAUUGAGGGAAAGAAGGUAAAUGGGAUUUGGAACAUUCUGGAAAUUGCGGAUGCGAAGGCUAGUAUGUUGAAGAAGAGUGAGAGGGAGGAGGAUAAGGAGGAUUUGAAAGCGUUGCAGCCGUUGAGUAAUAGUUUGGUGUGGUGUCUCUCGGACGUGGCUGCGAAUGAGGAGUUCACGAAGUUCUACCCGCUUGAUGGGUCGGAUAUGAAGUUCUUCCUGGACUAUAUUAUGGCUGUGAUGACAGCGGAGGGUGGUGUGGCGAUGGUCGGCGAUGAGUUGGUCAAGAUGAACAUGACGAGUACGCUGGUGACCGCGGCUUGUCAGGUCAUUGGUAACGCACUCUGGGCAUUGCCGCUGGAGAGCUACGAGUAUCUGGUGACCGAGGAAAAUCUCCACGACUUCGUCUUCGCCAUCGUAUGGAACCGAGACCUCUUCAGCGUCGAUAAGGAUCUGCUGCACUCCGCUGCUGGGCUACUGACCCAGCUGACUCGUCCUUCUGUGACGGCGCGAGAGCGCAUUGGCAAACAUCCGGCAUCGAUGCAAGUGUUGGAGCGCUUGUGUAGGCAUGAUAUGCCCGAGAUCAAGCAAGACGGCUUGAAGUUGCUCAAGGCUUUGGGUAAAGAAUGCCCGACUAUCCAGGAAAAGUUCAAGGACCUGGCAGUGGAGGUCAUGAAGUCGCUCCAGGAAGGCAGGGAUACUGAGACGGCUGAGGCAGCACCGAGCUGA